GCUUCUGUGAGCUUUAGUGAUCAGCUCUCAAGUCAUUGCUCGUAUAGCUUCACGGCUUGAGAUCUCGAUGCAGGUGCUUUGUGACAGUCAAGAUGAACAGCAGCUCUCGGAAGGCCAUGGGCCGCCAAUUUCCUAAUUCGGGACGAACUCGUUGCGGGCAGAGGCUCGAAUCUGGAGGACUCUCGGCUGUGCUGGAAAGAGGUCAGAGUAUCAGGGAUAUGCAUAAACCAAGCAAGUUUCUCACCGAUACCUCUGCUCACCAGAAACACAUUGAAAGAUUGUGCAUUGGUUGCGGGUGACUCAUCGCUCGCUUUGCGCGGAUGGGGCCAAAGAAGAAUUACAAUCAGCCAAUGGCGUCAUCCAGCGAUAACGAUAAG